AUGGCAAUUUGGUAUGCGUCCCCUCUCUCCUUUAGAGUUGAACAUUUUGCAGCUUUCCAGGUUUUUUGGCACAUUAUUCUCCAGCAGCAUGAAUCCGAGGUGGUGGAGAUGUGUCAGUCUUUGGUGUACAACAUUUGGGAUGUGAGGAAUAGGGUGAUUUUUCGGAGUGGGAGAUUGGUUGUUGGGGAUGUUAUUGAUCGGGCCUUGGGGCUAUUGGUUCCAAUUUCUCCGGCGGUGCGUGAGGAGCGGGGAGGGACCAAAGCGGUGUGGAGGAGGCCACAGGGAAGGGUGAUUAAGCUAAACUUUGAUGCUUUAUUUGUGGAUGGUAUGGGAGCGGGAUUGGGGAUGGUUUCCCGCAACCGUCUUGUGGAGAUCAUGGCUGCUGCGACCUCCCAUCCGGUCCCAGUUCUUUCGUCUCUGUUGGCAGAAGCGAGCGGGUUGAGGUGGACUUUACGGCUGGCAAGAGAGCUUGGUUUUCGUCGUGUCUGUUUAGAGACGGAUUGUCUUCAGUUAUAUCAGUGGUGGCAGAACGGUACAGUGGGGAGAUCUUACUUGGACACCAUCAUUGGAGAUUGUCGUUCUUUAGUUCCGUUUUUUGAUGUUUUUUCUUUGUCGUUUGUUAGACGUUCUGGUAAUUCAGUUGCAAACUUUCUGGCUAAGAACGCUUCCACUUAUGCGGAUUGUGUAUGGGUGGAAGAGGCUCCUGAUGCCGUUUCUGGCUUGGUUGAUUUGGAUGUAAUUGCUUCUAGGCCGGUUGGCCCUUAA